AUGUCUACCCCCAAGAUCAUCCUCUACACCAACCGGGUCUGCCCCUGGGCACACCGCGCCCACAUUGUCCUCCAGGAACUCGGCCUCCCCUUUGAGGAAGUCACCAUUGACCUCGACACCCCGCGCGAGCCAUGGUACCUCGAAGUUAACCCGCGCGGCCUCGUUCCCUCCUUGUCCUACAACAACGAAAUCAUCACCGAAUCCGGUAUCGUCGCUCAAUUCCUCGCCGACACCCACCCUUCCCACCUUGUGCCUCCGUCCAAUACCCCCGAAGGUGCUCUGCAACGCGCCCGCAUCGCCUUCUUCGUCGACACCUACUCCAGCAAGGUUUCCCCACACUACAACACUGCUCUACGCGGUGCCACUGUCGAGGAACGGAAGGCUGCGGGUGAGGCCCUCGUCGCCGCCGUCAAGAAGGAGAUCGAGCCGCUGCUGUACCCGGGACUGGAGGGGAAGACCCAUGGUCCUUUCUUCGGGGGUAGUGAUAAGCUGACGUUGGUGGAGGUGCUGCUUGGGUCGUUUUUGAUUCGUCUUCAUGCUUUCGCCAAGGAGGAGUAUGAUCUGAUUGAUUCUGGACUGUCGGCGUCUUUGGCGGAGGUGAAGAACUUUAGUCGCUGGGCGGAGGCUACUCGGGAACAUCCUAGUGUGAAGACGAUUUUCCCUGAGCAGGCUGCGGUGGCGAAGACCAAGUCGAAGUUGGCGUCGGUGAGGAAGUAG